AUGAAUUCAUCGUCGAUCGAUAAUCUGUUUAUUACCACUAGUUAUAAUGAUGAUUUACAUAAAAAUAUAAAAAAAGUAAAUAAUACAAAAAUACGAUCGUCAACAUCGAUUUUCGAUGAUAAUUUAGAAUCAAUGUCAACAAUUAAUAUAACAGUUGAAAAUUUAACAUAUUGUAAUUCUAAUCAACAAUGGAUUCGAUUAGAAAUAAAAUAUAUUUUGUUUAUCGAUUUAUAUCAAUUUAUUGAACAACUUGAUUCACAAACAAGUGCUUACAUUAGUUACGCACAAGAUGUUAAUAUAUUGUACAGUUACUGUCAAUACCAUAGAAUACCAUUAAUUAGUUUACGAAAAGAUUUAACAUUAAAUCAAGAUAUGUGCUUAAAUGCAUAUAGAUCGAGCGUACCUGAUUAUUAUCAAACGAGUAAAAAAUCAAUAUAUUCAUUAAUCGGUGUUAAUACUAAUGAUAAUAUAACAAAUACUUACUUUAAUUUAAUACCAGAUUUAACGCAAAUAAUAAUGAGUUAUUUAAAACAUCAUCAUGUGCAACAGGCAGCAUAUGUAUAUGAUAAUCAUGAAGCAUCGCAACGUCUUUAUAGACUUUUGAAAUUGUACUCAUAUGAUAAUUCUUUUUAUAAUUUUACAUUUGAUGUACGAUCAAUUGCAAAUAGUGACGAUGCCUAUGCUUUAUUGUACAGUAUCGAACAACACUACCGGACCAAAGAUCAAAAACGAUAUAUUUUACUUGAUUUAUCAUCUAAUCAAAGUUAUAUGAAUAUGUUUGAUAAAAUAUCUCAUAUGGGUAUGACAGGUGACUCAUAUCAUUAUAUAUUAAUGUCAACAUUUGAUGCUUGUUCAUGGCUUCAAGAUAUUAAUUUUUCUGGUUCAAUCACAUAUUUUGAUUAUCAUUAUAACGGAUCGAAACAAGAAUGUACGACAAAAUCAGCGAAAUUUAUUGGUAAGCAACAAUACAACAUUCGUAUUAAACGUAAUGAACCGCAGCAACGUUAUUAUUAUCAUUCAUCACUGGGUUUUCGUAAUAAUGAUAAUCCAUCAUCAAUUCAAACUGAACAACAAAAUGAAACGAUUGAGUUAGAUGAAAGUUUAUGUGAACAACGUAUAAAAUACAAUAAUAAUCUACAAAACGAUACAUUACAUAAAAAAUUAACAAUUAUAAGUGAUCUAUUGCCAGAAAAAUUUGAUAAACGUUUUUUACAUGAUGCUAUUAAAUAUUUAAUUGUAUCCUUUGAAUCUUUGAAAGAUUGUUCAGCAAAUAUUAUUACGGGACCGAUGCUAUUAGAUAUAAUCAAUAAUAAAAGUGAUAUCUUUUACAAAGGUGAUACCAGUGAUGUACACAUCAAUAAAUGUGGACAACGACAUUUAAAUAUUAUCGAUGCUCAUAUCACUCGUUCAUUAGCAAUUAAUGAAAGACAAACAACUCAUAUCGGCCAAUAUAAUGAGGAAAAUGGUUAUAAAUCAUGUGAUUAUCAUAAAAAGAAGUUGGUUGAAUCAAGUUAUUUUAAACAUACAACGUAUUACAUCACAAGUUUAUUCGAUGAACCAUUUUUGAUGUUGAGAAAAAAAAGUGAACAUUAUUCAAAAUAUAGUAAAAUACCCUUAAAACAAUUACAAGGACGAAUAUUUGAUAUGAAUGAAUUGGAAGGUUAUUGUGUAGAUCUUGCUGAUAAAAUCUGCUCGACUUUAAAUAUAACGUGUAAAUUUCGUAUUGUUCACGACGGUAUGAUUGGAGAACUCGUAUCGCGUACCGCUGAUAUGGCCAUUGCUCCGUUAACAAUCAGUCAAAAACGUAUGGAAGUUGUGGAUUUUAGCAAGCCAUUUAUGAAUCUUGGAAUAUCGAUAAUGAUAAGAAAACCGGAUGCUGAAAAGCCAGGCGUAUUCUCGUUUAUGAAUCCCGUAUCGAUGGAAGUCUGGUUAUGUUUUUCUCUCGCUUAUUUUGCCAUAUCGGUGAUAUUAUUUUUAACUAGUCGCGUUGUUCAUUCGGGAUGGCGACGAAGAAUUGUACGAACACCAUCUUAUCGUCAAUAUCAUUAUCCUAAAAGUAUCCAUGAUCGGCGAAAAAGUGAAGUAUUAAUAGAAAGACAGCUAGACCGCUCUGAUAGUGAUACUGUUGCUGAUUCACAAUCGCAACAACAACGACCAUCACGUCGAUUGUCAUCGGCUUCCAACCGUCGAAAUCGAUAUCAGCGAAGUCAGCAUCAACAUGAGUCUGAACAUCAGAAUCGAUAUGGCCGCUUUUUAGCUGUUCCUAGUGGUUAUACCCCCACUACUAGUCGUAAUUCAAAUAGUGGUUAUCGAAAUAAAAAUAAAACGAAUACAUCAUCGCCAUCAAAGGACCACAUUCAUUUGUUUGGUAUAUCAAAUGCUCUAUUUUUUUCAUUUGCAUCAUUCAUGCGUCAAAGCAUUAAUCUUGUCCCAAAAUCACUUUCUGGUAGAAUAGCAGCAACAUCAUGGUGGUAUUUUUCACUAAUCUUUGUUUCAUCGUAUACUGCCAAUCUAGUGGCAUUUCUUACUGUAGAGAAACUUGUUCCACCUAUUGAAAUUGUAGAAGAUUUAGCCAAACAAGAUGAAAUAAAAUAUGGUUCUCUUCGAAAUGGCACAACCUCUGCUUUUUUCGAAAACAGUAACGCCACUGUAUUCCAAAAUAUGUGGCAGUUUAUGCAACGUCAUUCAGCUGAAGUAUUUGUUCAAUCAAAUGAUGAAGGUGUAGCAAAAGUACGAAGUUCAAAUGGAAAAUAUGCAUUUUUUAUUGAAUCAACAAAAAAUGAAUAUGUCAACGAACGUUUACCAUGCAAUACAAUGAAAGUUGGUAGUGAUCUUGAUUCAAAAGGAUAUGGUAUUGCAACAUCAAUGGGAUCAGAUCUGAGAGAAGCAAUCAACAUCAUUGUAACAGAAUUGAGAGAAAAAGGCUUCUUAGAAAAUUUAAAACAGCAGUGGUGGUACGAAAGAUCGGAAUGUUCAACAGUUUCAAAAGAUAAACGAUUUAGUAAAUUAAGUUUAUCGAGUGUUACCGGUUUAUUUUAUAUAUUUUUGUUUGGUGUCAUACUGUCGUGUGUUAUUGCAUUCACCGAAUUCAUUUUGACAGCAAAAGCCGAAUCAGAAACAUUAAAAAUUGAUUUUCGAGAAAUGUUAAAAAUAAAAAUGGUAGAAAAUCUUAUUGGCCUCACGGCUCAUACCCAACGACAAUUAGAAUUUGGAAAAAUACAAGACGAAUGUACUUAUGACUAUGAUGAUCGUGGAGAACGUUCAGAACCGGAUUCUAGAGUUGUUAUACAGCGUUACGCAGAAUAUAAACUAAAUAAACCGCAAAGCGAAGUAUGA